AUGCUGCUAGCUGGCGCUGCCAAAGGAGAAAAAGCAAGACACAAGUGCCGAACCUGCACACCAACUUCCGUCCUCUCUUCACACUUGCAGCCAUCGAAACCGGUCGGGGGACACAUGAAGUCUAACCUGCAGGACAACAGCCAGGCAAGGAAGAAGAUAACACACAUGCUUGUUGUCUUGUGGUGGUUGCGGCAAAAGGAGGAUUAUACUCCGCAAUUCAAGUUUGAAAUAGAUGCUAUGGGGAAAGAUAACAACGCCGCCAAUGAAACGGCCAGAGAGGUUUUUAUGCUUUGGUUCGCGGAUUUGUCCACCGAAGCCCGUUCCCCCCACGUCUGGAGAAGCCAUGCGUGGAAGGGAUUUUCUCGCGGAAAUAAAGGAUUUAAUAAACACCCGGGAGUUACAAUACAGUUCGGGGGGAAGACCAGGCGACUGGCAAGGGGGAGUGAGCAUGCUAUGUAUAGAGCUUUGGCUGUUUAA